AUGGGUCUCGGAUCGGAGUUCUGUGCUGUUGGCAGUCCAUAUGGCGGUGGCCCAAUCCAGGGCUUUGCCUUCCAGCCAGGGAACCAGUCCAGUCCAGCCAGGGAACCAGUCCAGUCCAGCCAGACAGGUCGUCCAGCCAGGGAACCAGUCCAGUGCAGCCAGGGAACCAGUCCAGUCCAGCCAGACAGGUCGUCCAGUCAGGGAGCCAGUCCAGUCCAGCCAGGGAACCAGUCCAGUCCAGCCAGGGAACCAGUCCAGUCCAGCCAGACAGGUCGUCCAGCCAGGGAGCCAGUCCAGUCCAGCCAGGGAACCAGUCCAGUCCAGCCAGGGAACCAGUCCAGUCCAGCCAGACAGGUCGUCCAGCCAGGGAGUCUGGUCAACAUGCCAUCACUUAUUUUUCCACCUCGCCCCAAGGUCAAUCCAACCAACCACAUCGCUCCCAGACGCAAACCUCCAACUACACAGCCCUCCAGACCCAGCCCUUCAGAUCCAACCCUGCAGAUCCAACCCUCCAGACCCAGCCCUUCAGAUCCAACCCUGCAGAUCCAACCCUCCAGACCCAGCCCUCCAGACCCAACCCUCCAGACCCAGCCCUCCAGACCCAGCCCUCCAGACUCAGCCCUCCAGACCCAACCCUCCAGACCCAGCCCAGCCCUCCAGCCACCUCUCAACCUAGUCCUAGCCCUCCAGUCCCAGCCCUCCAGACUCAGCCCUCCAGUCCCGGCCCUCCAGCCACCUCGCCCCCAGUCCCAGCUCUCCAGUCACCUCGCCCCCAGUCCCAGCCCUCCAUCCAACUCUCAACCCAGUUUCAGCCCUCCAGACCCAGCCCUCCAGACCCAGCCUUCCAGCCACCUCUCCCCCAGACCCAGCCCUCCAGACCCAGCCCUCCAGUCACCUCGCCCCCAGUCCCAGCCCUCUAGACCCAGCCCUCCAGUCACCUCGCCCCCAGUCCCAGCCCUCCAGACCCAGCCCUCCAGACUCAGCCCUCCAGACCCAACCCUCCAGACCCAGCCCAGCCCUCCAGCCACCUCUCAACCUAGUCCUAGCCCUCCAGUCCCAGCCCUCCAGACUCAACCCUCCAGUCUCAGCCCUCUAGCCACCUCUCCCCAGUCCCAGCCCUCCAGACCCAGCCCUCCAGCCAUCUCGCCACCAGUCCCAGCCAUCCAGACCCAGCCCUCCAGUCACCACGCCCCCAGUCCCAGCCCUCCAGACCCAGCCUUCCAGACCCAGCCCUCCAGCCACCUCACCAUCAGUCCCAGCCCUCCAGACCCAGCCUUCCAGUCACCUCGCCCCCAGUCCCAGCCCUCCAGUCACCUCACCCCCAGUCCCAGCCCUCCAGACCCAGCCCUCCAGCCACCUCGCCCCCAGUCCCAGCCCUCCAGUCCCAGCCCUCCAGCCAUCUCUCCCCCAGACCCAGCCCUCCAGCCACCUCUCCCCCAGUCCCAGCCCUCCAGUCACCUCGCCACCAGUCAAAGCCCUCCAGACCCAGUCCUCCAGCCACCUCGCCACCAGUCCCAGCCCUCCAGACCCAGCCCUCCAGCCACCUCGCCACCAGUGCCAGCCCUCCAGACCCAGCCUUCAAGCCACCUCUCCACCAGACCUAGCCACCCAGCAAAAGCCCCCAUUAGAGCCGGCUUAUUUUAG